UUCUCCCACAAGAAGCCAAUUACGCGCCGAGUGGAAGGCAGCUCACGGCACGGUUACUGCUUCUUUAAAUCUUCCCGAUAUCAAAUCUUCAAAGCGACCUGAUUUUCGUUGAAAACAAAAAACCUGGACAUAGAAACACCGAGUUUGAUACAUAAAAAAUAAAGAUUAAACUACCCAGCCAAAAGUUGCCUCCAGGAGCCACUCGGACGCACCGACGCUGUGGUGAACAGCCUCCUGGACUCAGUGGGAGGGGAGAAGUUUGGAUCCUCAGACUGCUGGGAUAGACUGAGCCAGAGAUGCUCCCACGGGUCACUAGGAUUCUAUAUGCGUUGUCUUUCUUCUUUUUCCAAGGAUGCUUCAUCAGACUGAGCUCCUGUAAGGAGGAGAUAAAAGAUUCGUCUCCUUCCGACUUCCUGGACAAGCUCAUGGGAAAAACGUCAGGCUAUGAUGCUCGCAUCCGACCCAACUUCAAAGGCCCACCGGUGAAUGUCACCUGCAAUAUCUUCAUCAACAGCUUUGGCUCCAUAACAGAAACCACCAUGGACUACCGGCUGAACCUCUUCCUGCGGCAGAAGUGGAACGACCCGCGGCUGGCCUACAGGGAGUACCCCGACGUCUCCCUGGACCUGGACCCCUCCAUGCUGGACUCCAUCUGGAAGCCCGACCUCUUCUUCGCCAACGAGAAGGGCGCCAGCUUCCACGGGGUCACCACCGACAACAAGCUGCUGAGGAUCUUCCAGGACGGCAGCGUUCUGUUCAGCAUCAGACUGACUCUCAUCUUGUCCUGCCCUAUGGACUUGAAGAAUUUCCCCAUGGACAUUCAGACCUGCACUAUGCAGCUUGAAAGCUUCGGAUACACCAUGAACGACCUGAUCUUCGAGUGGCUGGCCGAGAGCCCCGUGCAGGUUGCUGAGGACCUCACCCUCCCCCAGUUUGUCCUGAAAGAGGAGAAGGACCUCGGCUACUGCACAAAGCACUACAACACAGGGAAGUUCACGUGCAUCGAGGUGAAGUUCCACCUGGAGCGGCAGAUGGGCUACUACCUGAUCCAGAUGUACAUCCCCUCGCUGCUCAUCGUCAUCCUCUCCUGGGUGUCCUUCUGGAUCAACAUGGACGCUGCGCCCGCCCGCGUGGGCCUGGGCAUCACCACCGUGCUCACCAUGACCACCCAGAGCUCGGGGUCCCGCGCCUCGCUGCCCAAGGUGUCCUACGUGAAGGCCAUUGACAUCUGGAUGGCCGUGUGUCUGCUGUUUGUGUUCGCCGCGCUGCUGGAGUACGCCGCCGUGAACUUUGUCUCAAGGCAGCACAAGGAGUUCAUCAGGCUGAGGAAGAGGCAUCGGCGGCAGAGGAUAGAGGAGGAGCUGGUGCGGGAGAACCGGGGCUUCUACUUCAGCGGCUACGGCCUGGGCCACUGCCUGCAGUCCAAGGACGGCACGGUGGUGGAGACCGCCACGGUGUUCGCCCCGCCGCCGCCGCGCCCCGUGCCCGUCGCCACCUUCUACGACGCCGACGCCCUGCGCAAGCGCUUCGUGGACCGCGCCAAGCGCAUCGACACCAUCUCCCGCGCCGUCUUCCCCCUCAGCUUCCUCUUCUUCAACAUCUUCUACUGGCUCACCUACAAGGUGCUGCGGCACGAGGACAUCCACGCCGACGUGUGAGGGCGCCGCCGGAGGAACCGGGGGCGUCCGUCGAUCCGUCGCCCUGCGUUUCAACGCCGGCGGCUGCGUUUGUUUUUCUUUUUAUCUUUGUAUCGUCCUUUCUGAACCAGACCUGCCUGUGAGAACCACGUUAGGAGUGGGAG